AUGAAAUACCAGCAGCCAUCGUCAACAGCGGCGCGCACGCCAUACUACGACACCGAUACGACUCAAACCUCACGUACCGAUCCCCCGCGUCGUCAAAAUGGAGUUCCUCCUGGAACUGUGGCAGCUCGCGUGCAAUUUCUUCAGGGCCUUCAAACACCAGGUACUGCUCGGCCUGGACCCGCUCCUGCUCCAGCCGCUACCUCAUCGAAUCGGCGUCGAGAGAAUUCUCGAACGGGGUUCGGUCGACGGUUGACGAAUCGCUUCGGUCCUCCGGCGCUUCAGAGUGCUCAGCCGUUUGAAGAAGCACGAGUUGAUACUUCGCACUCCUUCCUAGGCCUCAACACACCUCGCAAAAGUCAUGUGGAGGAACAUGGGCUAGCCGACAAUAGGGCCAGGUACUCGAAAUCACCUGGUAUAAAUGGGACAAUUGCACAAGUGACUCGAGAGAGGGCACAGUUCGAUGCAGUCGCACCUUGGGUUGGGCUGUCACGAAGCAAGUCAUCAAGGAGCAUGGGACGCAAAAACGAAGGCAAUGAUAUGGACGGUCAUAGAAGCGAUCGCGUAGCAUACCACGGCCACAUCGUUGCAGAAGCUACAAUCUUUCCAUUGCCGACACACGAGGACGAUCCAAGCAAAUUCCGUCGAGAGAUGAAGGCACGCGAAACAGAUACCCUGAAGUCAGAGAGUUCACUCGCCACUUCUUCAACUAUCCGUCGCCAAAGUGUGAGAGAUCUGUUCGAGGAUUACGGAAUAGAGAGGCCGGAGGGACUGGCGUCUUCAAAUGAGUCAUCUCGUGAUAUUGAAGAUCUUCCACGCCCUACUCGGCCACAUAGAUUCUGCCAUAUGUGCGCUUGGGUCAACAGUGGUCCAUCAGUAAAGUGUUGGAGAUGCAGCCAUCGGCUUUGUUCUAUAUGCGAUGCUCAGUCUCCUCAGCCAGUCACUCGGAAAGAACCAAGUCUUGGCUACUCUGAGAGGUUCACCAAAAGCAAAGGCCUAGAGAACCAACCCUCACUUGUCUCGUCAUCCAAAUAUAAUAGAGAUAUUGAGACUGAACCUGUCAAACCCAUCUCGAGCAGACCUGGCCCGAGUCCCAUCCAAAGACGAGUGGAGGAAAACACACUCCAACCACAAAAAGGGUCCAGUCCUCCAACGAAGUUUCCAGACUUUCAUCCUAACUUACCACCCGCCACGAAACCAUCCCAUGCCUCGCAUCCACCAAAGACUGCAGCUCGAAAUGCUGUUCCAUCUGGAGGUCAAGUAACGACAAGUGUAAAGGAUUCGCCAUUCUUAAUCGCAGACUCAACUGCUAAAAAGCAAUCAAUCACUUUGUUUCCCUUCGACCAUCGAGAGGACCGUCAUCAGAGUCUAAAAGACCGGCAUGAACAUCAUCUCCUGCAGCAAGUCCAACGAAGGAUUCACUCUUCUUCCUCCUCUUCUGGGUCUUCCAUCUGUGAAAGAGGCGACUGUCGUGGUAUGAAUUGCGAGCAUCGCUCCCAUCGUCAUGUAAUCUUGCGAACGAAAGAGAACGAAAAGCAGUACAUCCGCGAAGAAACCGAGAAUGGUUAUGUCGCAGAUACGAGUCGAGUCGAAGACGAAAUCCAUGAACAUUCCCAUGCUUCACAGUCUUCGCACACACAUUCAACUUUUUCAAGGCCACAAUCACACACUCUUCAAAAGGCUCAUCACUCCCAUCAGCAUCUACAGGAGACAACACAGGAGAGUUGCGUACCAGAGUUCGUUGAAUGCCAUGGCUAUCCGCGAACAGGUCACAUACGUCACGGGAGCUGCUCCGGAGCAGAGCUUGUCGGCGAAUGCCAACACUGUGUAGAAGAUUGUCAGUGUGCAGCAUGCCAAAACACUCAUCACAAUGUCAGAUGUUGUACCCACAAAGAUCACAAGGCUAUUGUUCAUCAGCAUCAUACUCCCAGAAAAGAGUUUCCCUCUCCCGAUCCUCAUGUAAGACCGCUAUCAGCACCUCGAAGACCAUCAGUACCAUCCAGCUCUGUUACAGUUAUACCGCAACGUCCUCAAAGUGCAAAGAUCGAGCCUUUGACCAUUCGAAGUUCUCUACAGAACAGUCAACCGAAGCAAGUUCUGUCAACGAGACCUUCUUUAGAGAAAGUGCCCAGUUUCCCUCUUAGGAAGAAGUCAACAUUUAUCAAGGAGGCAUCAAAGCCACCAACUCCGCCGCCGUGGGUAUCUCAGCCUAGAAGUUCGCUGCUCAAACCACUGCAAUAUGACCCCGACGAUAUCCCCAAUGAAAUAGUACCAGAUCCUUUCGCUCCGUUCAGGAAGAGUUUAACACCGCCCGUAGUCAAUACUUGGGGAGAAUCAAGCCAAAAUCUGGGAAAUGAUCAGGGUAAGAGACUAUGGUCAACUAAUCAACUCGGAACAAUGAGUCAAGCUCGUGACGAGCGUCCAGAAAGCUACAGAAAUCCAUUGAGGAAGAUUUCUGCAGUCAAAGAGAAACGAUCGGUAUCGUCGAAAGGCACAACACGUAGCUCAUCCAGAAUUAAAGUUUCUCCCCCAGGAUCCAGGCGAGCUUCAAGGAGAUUGUCGGCACUUUUCCAGCUACGUGAGCAAGAUUCUGUACCGGCGCUGACACAAAAAUUACUCCGACAUCAAGAUGAGUUACGAGAAGGUCGGAAUAAUCACCAAGAGGUAGUCAAGGCCGCCCCAUCGGGCGGAGUUGCCUCUAUAGCACGACAUUUAGAGCACAGAGAGCCAAUCAAGCAGGAAACAAAGAAGCCAGGACCAACGAAGCAAGAAUCCAGAAUGGCUAGCAGAGCUGCUAGUACCGAUAGUACCAAAAAAUGGAGAUUGCGGCUAGUAGACAAGAGGCCCAGUCCGACUUGUGGAAAUGACAAUAAGAGGGUUGUGAGUGAACACAGAUUGGCAGAUGAUAGAGUUGGGAGCAGUAACUUCAAAGCACGAGAUCGAAAAGUUAUGUCUGAAGCUCGGAUGGAUUUGCAUAAAAAUAGUUUCGACGAGCAUGAGUGCACGUGGAAGAGAAUGGUGUUGGACGUCAGAGAUGGAAAGAACGGUCUUUGCAGUCAUAAAGAGACUGCCAGUCUUGGAAUCAUGGGCGUUACUAUUAUUCUCCACCUGGAAGGGAAGGAGGACAUGGUUCUUAAGGCUGGAUCUUGGAGUACGACUGGUGAGCCAGGUUCACUGCGUUGA